GGCGUGUGGCAUAUACUGUUCCGUGGGGAGGAGGAGAAGGAAAGCAACAGAUACACGGAUACGCAACACAGCGGGGCUCCCGCGAACCGCGGCGGGACCGCGGGCGCAGCCUGCACAGCCUUUAUCGCCCUACGGGCAUGCUUCGGCCAUUCCGCGGGCCAGACCUCCCAGCUGACAAGACAGGACACUGGCGCUGACGCUGCGCCCCCACGUCACAUGGGAUGGCCCUACGAGGGCGGAGCGAUGGCGCAUGGGCGCCGACAGGUAUGUAACUGAUCUCACGCUGGGGGGUGGGGGGGAAAGGAGGAAGAAGAGAAGGAGGAGGAGGAGGAGGAGAAGGAGGAGCCGGCCGGCAGGCUCACUCACCUUGUGCUUGCCGUUGAGACGGAAGGCGUUGAUCGUCCCCGUGGCGCCCACCAGCGCGCCCGACAGCGCCGAGAAUGCGCGCGCCGCUGCCGUGAUGCGGCUCCCGCCUUUGGUGCACGACGGGCGCACUGGGGCGCCAUGUGGGCGCUGUCGGGUGCCACAGGGCGGGCGCGGCCGCAGGAAGCCCUCGCAACAAAAAAAAACAAGCCCUGCAACCCGCAGGCGGGAGGAUGCAGGUGGGAUGAGCCCAGGGCACUCUGAACGCAGCAGCUACUUGGACGGUCGCGGGAGGCCACCGCGCAGCGCGCGGAGCGAGGGAACCAGGGCCCCCAGAGGAGAAGGAGGAGGAGGAGGAGGAGCAGGAGGUGGGCAUCGCGCACGGCACCGAAGAAAGACGCCGUGCGUCCAGCAGGCACGUGAGCAGUGCACACUGCGCAAGCGAGGCAAAGCGAAGCGAACGCCGGGGUCGUGCACGCUCCAAGGGAGCCCGCCCGUGCUUGAGGGCAUGGCGUCGGGGCCGUGGCCUCAGAAAUGUGAAACGGAGGCAGACUCACUCAGGUGGCAGCAGAACGCGUGGGUAGUACAGUCAGGGUCUGGCACAAGAAAUCUCGCGUGA